AUGGAUACAAGGGUUCUUGUAUUUCUGUUCAUACUCAGCAGCUGCUGGUGCUGUAAAGCUAGAGACUUGACAGAUAAACCUGUCGAGAAAAGUGAAAUUGUCACAGCUCUGCAGUCUCAUGAUAAUCAUUUGGUAGAGGGAGAAGCUCAACGUGUAGAGAAAGUUGGCAAAAACGAGAGAUUGUGUACGCUGUGUGAAGAAUUUACCGGUGAUGCUCUUAAUUACCUUAAUCAGAACAAGACCCAGACAGAGAUCCUCGACAUCCUUCACAAAUCCUGCUCCAAAGUCCUUUCAUUCAAGCAGCAAUGUAAUGUUUUGGUGGACUAUUAUGCCCCUUUGUUCUUCUUAGAGGUGUCCUCGGUACAACCCGAUGCAUUUUGUCAAAAGGUUGACCUCUGUGAAGACGGUGUGUCCACCUCAGCUCGCCUUUCUCAGGAUAAAUGUGAUGUUUGCCAUAAUGUUGUUACAGAGGCUUUACUGAAGUUGAAAGAUCCCGAUACUGAGAUGGAAAUUAUUCAGCUGCUUCUGAAGGCGUGUGAGUCGACCGGAAAAUCAAUUAAAAAGUGCAAGAGACUAGUGUUCGAGUAUGCCCCAAUUAUACUCGUUAAUGCCGAAGAAUUCCUGGAGAAAAACGAUGUGUGCUCCAUACUGCAUGCUUGUGAUCAGAUAUCACCCGAAAAAGACUCAUACAUGCAUGCUGCCUCUUAA